AAUAGUAGAUUUUAACAUUAUUUCGUUACCACACUGUGUUUUGAAAUUAUUCGAAAGUACUAAAACAUAAUAUGUCACAGUGUCAUUUCAUUCAUUUUUUAUUAACUUUACGGAAAAUAAACGUCAAUAGCAACUAAAUAAAAUAAUGUGAAUAAAAAAAUAUUUACUUUUAGACCAACAAAUAUAGUUCCAACUUUCAAUUUUAGUGCACGAGAAUGGAGAGCAUCACCAAUUUUUCCGUAUCGCUUAUCAAGGGGUUCAUAGACAGUUUGCGCGGGGUUACAGUGCUCUUAUAUUUAGAUAAAGAAAUAAAUGAGCGAGCAAUUAAUAGAUCACCGCAACCCGAUUUUGAACAUUCAAAACACAAACAAAAACAACCCAUAGUUAAACAGGAAUCAAAAGUACUUACAAGAGUGUUACAGUCAUGCAUAUUGAACGGAUUUAUAUUCUUACUUAGUAUAUUGGUAUUUGAGUAUGUAUUACUACCUGCGGUCAAGUACUUAGUGAUUAUAAUAUUUGGCCACGAUCCUGGCGUGGCGCAUAAUGUUUGGGGCUGGAUGCAGCCUUUCCUCUCCAUGACCUUCAAGAUGCUAUGGGUGCUUCCACUGUUCUUGUUGAGUAAGCUCGUGAACAGUUUAUGGUUUCAGGACAUAGCGGAUUCCGCAUACAGACAUCGCCGGGGCCGGCCGCAGUUCAUGUCGAGUGUGAGCAAAAUUAUUGCAGACUCAUUGUUCAGUUUGCUGGUGCAAGCGUUAUUUUUAAUGCAGAGCAUGUUAGUAAGCAUGCUGCCCAUCACAUACGUGGGCGAACUCCUCAGCCUGGUCCACAUGUGCCUGCUCUACUCUCUCUACUCGUUCGAGUACAAAUGGUUCAACAUGGGGUGGGAGCUGCAUAAGCGGCUGACGUUUAUCGAGACGAACUGGCCGUACUUCCUCGGGUUUGGACUACCAUUGGCUGUGCUAACACAAAUACCGCAGUCUUAUAUUAUUAGUGGUUGUGUGUUCUCAAUAUUCUUCCCGGUGUUCAUAUUGAGCGGGAAUGAAGCCACACCAGUCAUAGGGAGUGAAUACCCCUUACGACUGUUCUCGCCGGUGGUGGCGAUAUCGAACGGCAUGUUUCGGUUCGUGCGACAAGGCGCCGAGGUGGUGACGCAGAGGAACAGGUGAUCCGCGCCACAUACCUGAUUAUAUAUUAGGAAUUAGCAUCGUCACAGGGUUAUGUACAAUUAUGGACACGAUAUGGAAUUUGGACAUCUGUAUAUGUGGAAAAAAUCUGUAGUAGUCAGUUAAUAAUUUAAUCACUUAAUGAUUUAUGGUUACGCGAAUGUUCUUUUAUAAUUUUCGACCGACGUUUCGAAAGCUUUGCAGCCUUCAUGGUCACGGGAGGAAUACUUAGAAGUUUUAGAAACGUCCAAAAAAAAUUAUAGUAUAAAAACCGCGACAAAAUCCGGAAAACAAUUUUAUUUCAAAUACCCACGUUUUAAAUUUCUGAUUAAAAUCUGUUAAUUUUGUCUUAUAUCGCGUGUAUGUUCAUAUGAGAACGGAUCUGAAGUCUGUUUGUGUAGAAACUGAAUGAAAAUUUUUGACGCAUAUUUGUGACGUGAAAACUGGCAUUGUUACAAAUAUGUGUCAUUUAUUGCUUCACGUAGACGAUACAUUUUAUUACAAUGAAUUAAUUAAAAUAGUAUUUAUUUUGUGGGAAUAGUUGCUUUGUAUCGAUGAGUAACUAGUCGAUUUUUGUUUGACAGCAAAAUCGGAACAAUGUAGUGAAAUACAAAGAUUUUAUUAAAUCGAUUCGACCUUCAAAAGUAAUACUAUUUUAAGCGCUUCACAGUCUAGAAUCAACUACGCUACAGAUCUAACUGUAAAUAAUUGUAAAAUAAUUAAACGAGUCUUUAUGUCUACGGCAUUAGGUAUAAUUUUGAAGUCUUGUCGGAUUUGAUACUAGAUAUAUUUUUACAUAUAAGUACUUUUCAACAAUUUGCCUAACGUACCUGAAUCAGGAAUGAGUAGUUCUGAAUUCCAAUCCCAUGAGAUGUAUACAUAAAAGGCUCGUUUUGUUAAUAUCACUCUGUAAAUAGCAUAUAAUUUUACAUAACCCCGUUACAGAGAUAUAAAAUUUAUAUAAAAAUAUAUAAUGCUCAUGUAUGUACAUGUUGCUCAUAUAUUAAAGCAUAUCACAAGGGAUAUAGGCAGCUGUUUAAAUAAUAUUCCAUUUGUAUACUUUAAUAAGGUUUGGUACAUAAUGUAUGGCAAAUGGUAUAAAUAUAUUGUAUAUUUGAAUAUUUUUAUAUAUGAUUUCAUAUAUUGGGAAUGCUGCGUGAUCAUUUUUAUGCUUAAAUAUCGAAUUAUGUAGCAGAUGCUUGUAUGAAGGGAAAAUAAAAUGUAUUUACUUAAAGGAAAUUAAAUAUUUUCCUAUGUUGCUAAAUACGUGAUUUUUGGAAUAUUAUUUAAUGCUUGGUUGUAUUGUGAACUUGGUGUAUAUUGCGAUGGUGCCUGGAGAUAUUAUCACUUUUUAAUAAGACAUUACGUGACUUGAAAAAAUAUUGUUUUUAACUAAAACAAUGGCUGGGAUCAAUCGUUGUUAAUCGAUUUUUUUUGGAAUAUCGAUAUUUUUAUUACAUAAUACGAACAACGACAUUACCUAGUCAUAUCCCUGUGUACUUGAUUAUAAACACGAGAUAAUUAUUUUAUAUAUCGAUUUCAGAGUAAUCGAUUUUAUUUUUUCGAGUCAUGUAACAAUAUACAUUAUAAAACGAUUGUAACAAUGUGUUAAUUAAAUUGAAUAUUGCAAAAGCAUUGCUGUUCGUAUAUUUUUAUUUUCGAGUUUUUGUUGUAUGUAUUUAAUUGACACGUGUUAGAAUCGAUAUUAUAUUUUGUGAAUGCAAUCAUUCUAGUGUGUCACACAUCUGAUAUUGUGAUUUGUCAUGACAUAAUUUAUUAAAAUGAUUUGACUGAUUAA